GAGUGCUGGACUCAUGGUGGCCCCAGGGAAUGCUGGCUGCACCUGGAAAGGCUGGUCACUGCACAGUCCCUGAUGGGUGUGUCCUUGGGUCCCAGCUCUCACCUCUAGGAUGCACCCCUUCCUGGAGACCACCAAGCACUGGGCUGGCCUGGAACCCUGAACCCUACCUUCCCAGGCACCUACUCUGACUUUUCCAUCCAGAUUCCCCCAUGGUGAUGCCCCACGUCCACAUUGAACAAAACCAAAUCUUGAGUUUCGGAAUGAAAGGGCACUCACUGCACGCAGCGCAUCACAGGAAAUGGAAGGGAAGGCCCAGCCAGGCCAGUGCAGGGAGGGAAAGAGGCCUUCCAGGUGCCCACCCCCUUGAUUUGGCUAAAUAAGCUUCAAUACACACCAUCAGGCCAGAGCACCUGACUCCAGGCUUUGGGAAGCGUCUAAUUGGCCUAAUGAGCUCCCAGGUGGCUCUAGGGGUGGUCCCUGGAGUUUGGGAGAAUGAGCUCUGCGAGCUUUUCCUCUCUGGGCCCCCGGCCCCUUGCGAGGCGAGGGUGGGUUUCCCUGCCUGGAGUCUCCAGGACGACAGGCCGUACUGGACCCGUCGUCCACGUGAACACGCGUGCGUCUCCACGCACGUGUACCCGGGCGUCGGGGACUGGGGACGGCAGCCCACCUCUGCUCAGCUGGUCCAACACCCGCCCCCACUGCCGAGUAAGCAGGUUGCCCGACCAGAGCUCCUAUCCCAUCUGGGAAGACUUCAACUCCAAGGCCACCAAGCUGCAUUCCCAGCUGAGGACCACUGUGCUGGCUGCUGUGGCCUUCUUGGAUGCCUUUCAGAAAGUGGCCGACAUGGCCACCAACACCCGAGGGGCCACACGGGACAUUGGCUCAGCGCUCACGCGCAUGUGCAUGCGCCACCGCAGCAUCGAGACCAAGCUGCGGCAAUUCACCAACGCGCUGCUGGAGAGCCUCAUCAACCCGCUGCAGGAGCGCAUCGAGGACUGGAAGAAGUCAGCCAACCAGCUGGACAAGGACCACGCGAAAGAAUACAAACGAGCCCGGCACGAGAUCAAGAAGAAGUCUUCAGACACGCUGAAGCUGCAGAAGAAAGCGCGCAAAGGGAAAGGAGAUCUGCAGCCCCAGCUGGACAGUGCCCUGCAGGACGUCAACGACAUGUACCUGCUGCUGGAGGAGACAGAGAAGCAGGCGGUGCGCCGGGCCCUGAUCGAGGAGCGCGGCCGUUUCUGUACCUUCAUCACUUUCCUGCAGCCUGUGGUGAAUGGCGAGCUGACCAUGCUGGGAGAGAUCACCCACCUGCAGGGCAUCAUCGACGACCUGGUGGUGCUGACUGCGGAGCCCCACAAGCUGCCGCCCGCCAGUGAGCAGGUGAUCAAAGACCUGAAGGGCUCUGACUAUAGCUGGUCGUACCAGACCCCCCCAUCAUCGCCCAGCGGCUCCGGCUCUCGCAAGUCCAGCAUGUGCAGUGCCCCCAGCAGCAGUAGCAGUGCCAAGGGUGGCGGAGCCCCAUGGCCUGGGGGUGCCCAAACAUACUCACCCAGUUCCACCUGUCGCUACCGCAGCCUGGCACAGCCAGCCGCCACCACCGCCCGACUCUCCAGCGUCUCCUCCCACGACUCUGGCUUCGUCUCCCAGGAUGCCACCUACUCCAAGCCCCCCUCACCCAUGCCUUCAGACAUCACCAGCCAGAAGUCCUCCAGCUCUGCGUCCUCGGAGGCCUCGGAAACCUGCCAGUCUGUUAGCGAGUGCAGCUCCCCCACCUCGGACUGGGCCAAAGCAGGUCCCCAUGAGCAGCCCUCAGGCACCAGCCUGCAGAGGAGGAAGGACCGACUGGAACACCCCCGGGACACAGAGCCAGGCCUGGCCAGCGGGGGCACCCUGGGCCCCAGCGGAGAGGAGGCACCAAGACCACGCAUGUCCCCUGCCACCAUCGCAGCCAAGCACGGUGAGGAGGUGUCCCCGGCGGCCAGUGACCUGGCCAUGGUGCUGACCCGCGGCCUGAGCCUGGAGCACCAGAAGAGCAGCCGGGACUCUCUGCAGUACUCCAGUGGCUACAGCACGCAGACCACCACGCCAUCCUGCUCUGAGGACACCAUCCCCUCCCAAGGCUCUGACUACGACUGCUACUCGGUGAAUGGGGACGCAGAUGGCGAGGGCCCGGCCGAGUUCGACAAGUCCUCCACCAUCCCCCGCAACAGCAACAUCGCCCAGAAUUACCGCCGCCUGAUCCAGACCAAGCGCCCGGCCUCCACCGCGGGGCUGCCCAGCGCCUCUGGCGCUCCCCCCGGCGUGGCCACCAUCCGCCGCACGCCCUCGACCAAGCCCGCCGUGCGCCGCGCGCUCUCCAGCGCUGGCCCCAUCCCCAUCCGGCCGCCCAUCGUCCCCGUGAAGACGCCCACAGUGCCCGACUCCCCUGGCUACGCAGGGCCCACACGGGCGGGCAGCGAGGAGUGCGUCUUCUACAGCGACGAAGCCGCCUCGCCCCUGGCACCAGACCUGGCCAAGGCCUCACCGAAGAGGCUGAGCCUGCCCAACACGGCCUGGGCCAGCCCUGCCCCAGAGGCAGCCAGCUACCCCGGGCUGGCGGACGACGACGAGCAGCAGCAGCUGGCCGCCAACCGGCACAGCCUGGUGGAGAAGCUCGGGGAGCUGGUGGCGGGCGCCCACGCGCUGGGCGAGGGCCAGUUCCCCUUCCCUACAGCCCUGACCGCCACCCCCGCAGAGGAGACGCCCAGUCCGCCCCCGGCAGCCUCCGGCGACCCCCCGGCCGAAGACAUGCUGGUGGCCAUCCGGCGCGGGGUUCGUCUCCGCAGGACCGUCACCAACGACAGGUCGGCACCCCGCAUCUUGUGAUGGCACUGCCCUCCCGCCCUCUGGCCCCGCGAGAGGCAGGUGGCCUGGCUGGUGAACAGUGGCCACUCAGACCGAAGGCAACAACAAGGGAAGAGCAGAGCCAGGCAAGCUUUUGGUUUUUCGUUUAAGUCAUGCGAGGAAAAGCCACUUGAUGGAAAGAGACACUCACCUUGGAUUUCCACAUUUAAACAGGAAGUGACUUCUUUAACAGAGCUCGCCAGCUCCGAGCCUGCAGGCCUUGAACUGGAUGUGGAGCCUGUUUUAUACGUUUCUCACCUGCUCUGCCCCUCCUCUUCCUCUUCACAGGCCCUGCCUUUUCCACAUCUGGCCUGGGCCCGAAGUGCCACAGCUUAGCUGACCUGACCCCACUUCUCCCCUCAGUUGGCGGUGCCUGGGGCUUCUCCUGAAUGCUGGCCCCCACAGCCCUCCACCAGGCCCCUCUCCUUCCUUCUCUGCACCUGUCCCAAGCUCCUCUCGAUCAGGGAGGUGGGCUGUCUGUGGAGGGGCCAGGCACCCAAUCGGCUAAGGUGUCAGAUUUGACUGAAAAGCUCCACAGAGUGGCAGUUGGGGGGCAGACUGAAGUUGGGAGGCCCAGCCUGCUGUGGAGGAAGGAGGCCCAAGGGCCACAGGCCCCAAAUUGAGUCUUGGGAACCCACACAGAAGAGGCUGUGGACCCCGAGGUAGAUCCCAUCCUGGCUUGCCCUCCUCUGGGAGGUACAGCCAGGGUUGAGGGGCAGGGCAGCAGGGAAGAAGUCCAGAGGCCUGAGGGUCAGAUGUAUGGUCCUCAUCUGGGCAUGUUGAGACUUUAACUCUGGUGGCACUUUGGUCAUGGUUUUGGCCACCUGUGGGGGUAGGGGCUGGAACUGCACAGGGUGUGGGGGGUUAUUUUAUGAAUAUAAUAAAAUAGAGCUGACUGGACAAGGACUGUGUGUGGGGACAGGGUGGACGGUACAGGGUGUCCAAGAGUGCCUGAGGGACAGGGGUCCUCGCAGUGGCCUGGAGGGCCCACGGCAGGAGAAGGAGGGCCUAAUUGGCUUCCCCAAAGCCAGGGGGCAGCUGUUUUUUUUUU